GUUUAAUACUAACAUAUACGUAUGGACCUAGCGAUUCACGAACGACCCAGAAGAUCGAAACCGCGUUUCCCACUGCGCUCUCCUCUCUACAUAAAUCGCAGAUUAAUACCGGAGCAGGCGACCUGACUCCAUCGAAUCCGUCAAGAUGAAGCUGGUCAGAUUCUUAAUGAAAUGCGCCAAUGAAACGGUCACGAUCGAGCUCAAGAACGGCACCAUCGUGCACGGCACGAUCGCGUCGGUGUCGCCGCAGAUGAACACGGCGCUCCGCAACGUCAAGAUGACGCCCAAGGGCCAGGACGCCAUCCCGCUCGAGACGCUCAACGUGCGCGGCAGCACGAUCCGCUACUUUAUCCUCCCCGACUCGCUGCCGCUGGAUACCCUGCUGAUUGACGACGCGCCCAAGCCCAAGAACAAGGCGCGCAAGGAGGCGGAUCGGGGCGGGCGAGGUGGAAGGGGAGGACGCGGCAGGGGAAGAGGCGGGCGCGGUGGACGCGGGAGGGGGAGGGGUUAA